AUGCGGCCGGAGAUCGGCCUGGACAUCGACAAGCUCCAGAUGCUGCUCUCCUUCAAGGCCCAGGGCGCGCGCCUGGUGGAGGCGACGCUGGAGGACCACGCGGCUCUCGUCGCCGCCGUGGCGCAGGGCGACGUGGUGAUCUCGGCCAUGUCCGGGGUGCACUUCCGCAGCCACAACCUCUCACUGCAGCAUAAGCUCGUCGAGGCUAUCAAGGAGGCUGGGAACAUCAAGGUUAUCAUUGAUAUGUUGUAUCACUCUGUCUGGAUUCUUCAUCAUAUAAUCGACAGGCUGCCUGAUUUCUUCAAAAAAAUAUUGGCUUAUCUUAUCAUAUUAGAAUCCAUCAACACUGUGUGCCAGAAAUACUAG